AUGAGGACAGUAACAGAAAAAAUAAAUAAUAAGUUCUCCUUUCUCUACUUAAACGAAUCAACUGAUUGCGAAACUCUGUCAAUAACUACAUAUCAUUCACUGACAUGUAAUAUACGAGAAUUUUUGAGAUUUUUGGAAAGUGGGCUAACUCAACCUCCAAUUACAGAAAUAACACAACAUUGGAUGUUACCAGAUUGUAAUUUAAUACCACUAACUUUCGCGUUACAACUUUUAACUCACCAACAUAAAAAAACUAGUGAUGUUUCUGAAAAACACUCAGCAUUACUUUGCGAUUUCGUUUCUUCUACUCAACGCAUUAAAGAAAGCAUACAAUGGACCAUUGACGUAAUACUCGAGGAUAAAUUUUUUCUUUCCUUAAAAGAAUUGCUCGCACUCCUUGUAGAUCUUCCCGAAUGUAUUUUUUGUCUUUAUGAAGUCACAAGACAUUCAUAUGUGUGGAGAAUAAUUCAAUGGGAGUUCCACGCAUCACGCGUUAUGGCGGCUUUACUUCAUAUUUGGAACGAGAAAACGACUACGGAUGAUUCAAACAUUGAAACGUUAUUGAGUGUUGACACGAAACAAGCAACUUUUUUGUUAGUAGAAACAACAUGCUACAUAAUAGCUCGACAAAACACAAUUUUUCCUUUUUAUUUAGCGUGUUAUUUUUCUACAUCUCAUCUUAAACACACAACAUACGUUUUAUCAUCUUUUUCUAUUGCCCCAACACACCGACUUCCUCAACUGAUUCACAACAUAACAAAACACGUGAAUAAGAAUUCACAAGCUAUCAGAACACUGGCCAGUUUACUCAUAGGUGCAACAUCUGCAGGCAUCCACGUUUCUAAAGGCCGCGGGAAAGGUUUCACGUUUUUUGGAGCACCAGAGCUAAUAGAUUUCAUCUUUCCGAAUGGCUUGACGCAUACUAAUACGUUGCACUAUCCUUGCUUGACGUUAAAGUGUCUUACAGCGUUCAUAUACGCGGUAGAUCCCAAUGACGAUGAAAACGAUAGUUCCGAUUUUUGGUACGCUUUAUGGUCUGCUUUAACGCGCCACCCUUACUCGUGCGCUUAUGUUGGAGUUAUUCUAGUCGACGCUCUUUGGUUUGAUCUGAUUAUUAAUCUAGUAUCGGAAAAGAAAACAACCGACGCAACAGACAGAGUUAACGUAAACCAGAAUAAAGGUAGUGCUAGAACACUAGUAGCCCAGCGUUUACGGUCUCUAGAACAACUGUGGGAGUGCCUGAUGCGCCCUGUCAUAACCGAUAUACCUCCUCUAUGCUACCUUGUAAUAACAUUAGCAAAACUACGUUUUUUGUUAACUACACGGAACGUUGUACGCUCGAAUAUACUCGCUGGUUACAGCGAGUUUGAUAUUCUAAGUCAAAUAAGUUUCAAGUGUGUAACAAUUUUCCAAGAAGUUUCAAGCUGUUUGUUAUCUUCCAUACCAUCGCGUGUGUUAAGCGCUCAAGUGAUGCUAAGUAUUACCGGAGCUAUUUUGAAAAUAGAAGCCCCCGACGAUAUAUCUUGGAAUGUUUUUCCUAUGGAUUCAAAUGCUUCACAGGACACCAUACUGGAUCGGAACGUCCCUGAUGUAUCGGAGUGGUUACCAGCAAUUUUGUACUGCACUGAAAUUUCCGAUGACGCAAGUGACCAGAAGAGUGAUGUUGACGCUGCAUCCGAAUGUAAGCGAAUGCAUGCAGCAAAAAGCAAUGAAGUACUUUUCUUAAAUGAUCCCCUAAAAAAGAAAUCUUGUGAUUCUUUAAUGGAAAAUUUAAGAGUAAACAAGAAAAAAAACAAAGAUGAUGACCAAAAGAAUGAAGAUGUUGUUGUCCAUCCAACAUCAAUAGUUCCACUUUUGAAAAAAUCGAAUUUCAUAGAAAUUGAUACCAGUCGGAAAGUGCUAAAAAUUCUUCCAGAAGCAUCGCUUUUGACAUCCGUACCGCCAACAUGUUUGAGACAAUGCUUAGAGCGACUUUCAGAGCCAUUGCGGUUAUCAGACGUUCCUCUACAAUGUCGAUCUGUUUCGAGCUUAGAUGAAUUUUCAAUUCCGAGAAAAGACGAAACCCCUAUAGAAACCUAUUGGAGAAUAAGACGUGCGCUGUUAACAAUACCUCUGCUUGCAGGUCAAGAUUAUGAAGGAGAUCAUAUAGCAUCAAAGCUUGUUGGAGUCUUGCUGAAAUUAGAUGAUACAAAUAAUAUGGAGGAUUUUCAAUCAAUACGAAAAAAAGCAACAGUGUCUCUUAUUGUCGCCUGGCCAAAGAGCACCGUCCAAGUUUGUGUCAAGACAGCUUUUGAAAAAGAUCUUUCAUAUUUCAUAAGAGUUACCGCUCUUCAAAUACUACAUGAAUCUCUCAGGGAACAAAUGGAUGCAGUAGGUCUCAAAGAAAAACAAACCCAGGAUGACUCUAUAGAUCUUCAUACAUUGGCAACAUUAUAUUAUAAUGAGCUUUUCAGAGAACUCUACUACUUUUUAAAGUCUAGAGAGAGUCACCAACAAUCAACGAAUGAUAUUCAAACGAUUUUAAAUGAAGAAGUCAACCAAUUUUUCUCACAGCUUCUGUUACUGUUUUCGGACUUGUUAAAUGCCGCGGCAAAUUCGAUAACAAUCAUGAAAAUGCUUGCAGAAUUAGCAAUAAUUUUCGACAUUGUUUUAGUCUCAAGGAAUAUUCCGUUACGACGUAGCGGCUUUUAUUUGCUAGCAAAGUAUGCAACAAUCGUCAAGAAUUAUACAGAAAUGAAUGAAGGAUUGGGAAAUAAUAGGGUUUCUUGGAUUGCAGAAAUUCUUCGUAAUUCCGUUUCCAGUGACUCAGACCAAAUUUGUAGAGAUAUUGCACAAUCAAUCCUAGCUAGAUUCACUUCGUUCCAUCUUGCAAUAUAAUUUGUUUGUUGCAAAAUCAUAAGAUAAAUGG